AUGUCUCCUACUGCCGCUGUUGGAACGAAUCCAAACUGGCCGAAGGACGAGACUUGCUGGUCCGACAAGGAAUACUGCAGAACCAAUGAGGAAAGCACAGCGUUCGAAUAUGGGAAACAGAAUGGGCUGGAUGUCAUUGCAGUUAAUCCUGGGUUUGUAUUUGGGCCGGUUAUGCAGCCUAUAUUGAACUUCAGCCCCGUGCUCCUCGUAAAAUUUGUGAAGGGCAUAUAUAUUCAGAUUGAGCAAGGUGCUAGGGAUUCUGUUCCCAACAAGUUCUGGAAUGUAGUGGACGUACGAGACGUCGCCAAGGCCGAUACAUUUGUGCUGCAGAGAACAUCAUGA